AUGCAGUCGUUUGAUAGUGAAGGCUAUUCAGACGAGGAGACUGCUGAGCGACCCGACGUGCCGAACGGAGCCGAGGAAUCCAACGUGCUGAUCCAUGAUCAUGCAGGUAUGCUGCCAACCGAGUCAUUCCAAACUACCGACAUUCCUGACGCCGAUGGCUUGGGCGAGGGUUCUCAGAGAUCAGAUGUGGGCAAGGGUGCUGAUAACAACGAAAUGGAGCACGAGCCAGUUGGAGGUUCAGCAGCCGGCGAAGGUCUCUCCGAGCGUGACACCUCAACUACCAGCGCUCACCCGGCUACGACCGCAACUCGAGAGCCAGCCGAGGAAGACUCUUUACACGGAGACGCUGUUGAGAAACCCGCUGCCGACGGCAACGGUGCAGUGUGCAAUGUGCCAAGUGGUUCAAUAGACUUGCCGACAACCGAAGCGGACCAGGAUGCUUACCCGCCUACAAGGGAUCCGGCUGUGCAUGCAUCGAGUGUGGGGGCACCAGAUCGCGAUGGAGAAGCUGAGCGUAAACCAGUUGAGGACUCUAUUCCUCCCACAGAUCUCUCCUUGCCUGAGAAGCAGAACACUUCCACCAAAGACGAGAUCCCGACUACUAGCACAACUCAGGAGGCUGCCCGUGAGGGCUCGUUGCAGGAUGAGACU